AUGGCAUAUGCUCGACAACACAUGAGUGUGAUUGGUGCUCCUCAUAUGACACAGGUAGGCCAACAGUUGGAAAAUCAAGCUAGAGCUCCUAAUGCUGCCUCAACCACCCCAUUGGCUCCACUUGCCUGUAUAAGUAGUGCUUGCUUGGCUUUUGUCUCUAAUGAUCAACAAACAGAAGAAACAGAUACAUGUAGUGCCUGCUUGACCUCUAAUUCUAAUAGUCAACAAGAAUGGAUUAUUGACACUGAUGCUAAAAAUCAUAUGGUAUCUAGCAUUAACCUACUAGAUCAGUCUUCUGUUGUUGUACCACCUAAGUCCAAGAAGGUGUUUCUACCUAAUGGUGCUAUCACAAAUGUUACACAUGAUGACUUGGCUUUUCUUGUUAAAACUAAAGAUGGAUGUCUGUGUGGCCUUGCAACAGUUUUUAAUGUAUAUUGGGCAGCCUGCCCUCAUACCAGAAAGUUUGUUACAGGUUUUCUCAUUAAGUUUGGUGACUCUCUAAUAUCUUGGAAGUCAAAGAAGCAUAGUGCAACUUUUAGAAGCCCCGCAGAAGCUGAAUAUAGAAGUCUAGAAUCCACAGUUGCAGAACUAACAUGGCUAUUGGGAUUGAUCAAAGACAUGGGAAUUAAGGUCAAACUUCCUGUAACUGUGUUCUGUGAUAGGAAAUCAGCAUUGCAGAUUGCUGCAAAUUAUUUCAUGAACAAAUUAGACAUACUGAAAUAG